UGCGUCACCUUUCUGGGGAAGUUCUACCAGCUGCUGAAGGACAGCAACACCAAGUUCAACAGCGCCGACAUCGAGACAGCGCUGUGUUAUUACAUCGGAGCGACGAGCGACGCGGCGACCAAAAUGAUCAACGAGGUUUCUAAGCCGCUCAGCUCCCACGUCCCCGUGGACAAGGGACUCCACGGACCCCGGCACGAGGGCGAGCGCGAGGGCCACCGAGAGCCCGCUCAAACACAGCAUCCUGACCGGCGACAGGCUUCCCUUUCCCCGCAGAGAGGCUUUCCCGUUCCCGCCGCUGGACCGGAACACUCCGUACUCUCAAGCACGCAGACGCCGGUAAGCGGGGCGACUCCACGGGCUUCCCGGUGCCACGUCACGCGAAAGCGGAGUCCCUCAUUGGUCCGGGCGCCCGGCCCCGCCCACGUGGGGACACGCACUUUGCUCCGAUUGGUCCGAGUCAGAACAUUCCGGGUACAACGUCCAGUUGGCGCCGUCUGA